AUGAGAUCCAAAACUGCCUAUUAAAUAAGAUAAACCCUCAAACAGACCUUAUUCAAAGAUAAAAAACAUCAAUUCAAUUGCAAUGACACUAUUUAAAUAAAUGAAACACCCUCAAUAACAUUAUACAAAAAUUUUAAUGAAGUGUAUUGCUACAAGAAUAAGAGACUUGGCGAGGGAGCACACGGGAUUGUUAAACUAUGUUACAAAAAACUAGAAUGUAAUACAAUUCAGUAUGCGGUUAAAAUAUUUCGCACUGGGGAUCCAGAAAUUAUUAGUACAAUUAAGAAAACCUUUAAGAUCAAUAGAUAGCUUAAUGAUUUGCAAUGUGUGAUCAAGGCUAUUGAUCUAUUCAUCAAUGUUACUAAAGAAGAAAUCCAUUUUGUUAUGGAAUUAUGUCCAUAUCCUUCUCUAGACAAACUUAUUUAAUAAAAAAUUACACUCUCCAUCAAAUAGCAAUAACUACUGAUUUUUGAACUUGCCAAAGCAAUAGAUAAAAUUCAUAGCAAAUGUGUAUGUCACAGAGAUCUAAAACCAGAUAAUAUCUUAGUAUAAAUAACUGAUGAUGACGCAAAAAUUAAAAUAAUUGAUUUUGGAGUCUCAAAAAAGUUUGUCACUAAAACUAGGAAUUCUACAUUGAAUAUUGAGAUGUGGACAAGGACUGGUUCAUUAUUUUAUUAGGCACCUGAAAUCUUUGCUGGAGGAGGCUACAAUUAAAAAGUCGAUAUAUGGGCUAUUGGGGUUAUUGUAUAUUAACUAUUUUGUUAUGGCUUACCAUUUUAACAAGAUCAAAUUAUAGAUACAAUUGAAAUGAUAUGCGAUCCAAAUUAUAAUGUGGAGAAUACUGCGAAAUUUGAAUCCUUAGACUAAUUGCAAUAGGAUUUAUUAAAACGAUUAUUACGAAAGGAACCAGAAAAAAGAUUAACAUCAAAAGAAUUCAUUUUGCAUCCUUGGCUAUAUCCAUAUAAUCAAGAGCAUCAUUAAAGCAAAGUUUAAUUGUAUUUGAAUUAGGAAAAAGACAAGAAUUUAUCAAUAUCUGAAGAAUUACUAGGUCUUGGAUAACUUGAUCAAAACAUGGUUUUGACUAAGGAGCCAUACUGUGCAAGUACCAUCUUUCUGAAUGUAUAAGAAAAGCAGAAGGAAAUCGAUAAAUUAGAUGAAAUCGGAACUCACAUAUAUUUUUAUUCUUCAUCUAAGCAAUUGAAUCGAGAAACAGAAAGGAAAGAUCAGGAUUAAUAAUAGACAAGUGUCACUUAAUUAGACGAGAUCUAAGAUGUAUGUGUGCAAGAGAAUCAUAAGACUUUAGAAGAUGAUAUCGAAUUAAAUAAUUACAAAACUGUUGGUUCCAUAAUAUUGAAUUGA